AUGAUUCCAGUCAAAGAUGCAAUUAGAUCGGCUGCGAAACUGGAUUCAACCAUGGCCUCAACAAGAAGAUACCUAGGACAGGUCAUUCAAUUGAAUCGACAACGUUUUGGAUCGAAGGAAAUAUCAUGUGUUUGGCAAUUGCGACACCAAAGUACGAACGCGACAGCUUCUACUGCUCUCAAAGAUUCGAGAGUGUCGUCUGGAGGUGCAGGACCCAUGAAAGUUUAUAGUGAAAUGCUCAAUUGUGGGUCGUUGAAACCAGAUAGACAUCAAUUUGUUGCCGUUAAACAUUUGCAAAAUGUUUUUAAAGAAGUUGGACAGUAUAGAACAGAAAAAUCAAGUGCUAGCAAUGAUGCAGACAAGAAUGAAAGCCAACAAGAAUCUUUAAUGCAUCCAAAAGGCUGCUAUAUCCAUGGUGAAGUAGGGACUGGCAAGACAGUCCUACUUGAUUUGAUCUACGACUGUCUGCCUGAUGGCACAAAGAAGAGAGUUCACUUUCACAACUUCAUGUUAUUUCUCUACUCUGAAUUCAACAAGUGGAACUUAUGCAGUCAUAAUCAGACAGAUUCAGCUUAUUUGCAAAGUCCAACAGAGUAUAUUGCUGACAAAAUUAUGGAAGAUGCCUGGAUAAUUUGCUUUGAUGAGGUACAAGUUGCAGAUUAUGCUUCAUGUAGUCUCCUUGAAGGUGUUCUAAAGAACAUGUUUUCAAAGGGGGCAAUUGUAAUAGCUACUUCAAACAGGCCUAUUGAGCAACUGGGGGACCUGUCUAUAAGUGAGAGCAGUGAUGGAGAGCACCCUUUAGAGGAUGAAAGUUAUGAAAGCGUCAGGUCUUUUAAGAGCCUUUUGAGUUCCAAUUGUACUACAAUGCAUUUGAACUCUGAGCAUGACUACAGAACCAGUCUUAGCCCUGGCAGGAGCACAUUUGCCUAUCCAAUUAAUAAUGAGACAGAAGAAUGGUUAGAUCAUUCUUUCAGCAAGGCAGUAGGUACAGGACAAUCUCUUGGCACCAGAUAUGUCACAGUUUAUGGGAGAAAAGUACUUAUUCCCAUUUCUUCAGGCAAUGGAGUUGCAAGAUUCACAGCCAGAGAGCUGUUUGAGCAACCAUUAGGGCCAGCUGACUUCAUCCAAAUCUGUAACAAUUUUAAUACAAUAUUUGUUGACAGAAUUCCCAAAAUGGGAAUGGCCCAGAGAAAUCAAGCAAGGAGAUUUCUCAGUUUUAUUGAUGCAGCAUAUGAAAGCAGAACAAAAUUGUACUGCACUGCUGAAUCAAAGCCUGAGGAAAUAUUCACCUUGCUGCCUAAAGACGGGGAACAGACCGACUGCUAUGAUGACCAAAUGCACUUUGAAAUGAUUGGAGAAAUUGCUUAUGACCUUGCAUUAUCCCAGCUAGAUUUCCGUUCGCUUGGUAUCAUCACUGGCGAGGAUGAAAUUUUUAGUUUCAAACGGGCAAUUUCUAGACUCAAAGAAAUGCAGAGCUUGCUUUAUCAGAUGAAGCCACACAGAAAGCAGUCUUUUAGCCCAUAUGUUGGAACCAGUGAAGAAAAGAAGGAUGCUGUGGACAGGCGAAGAGACAGAAUGAUCAAACGCCAAAAGAUAAUUGAAGAUAUGGAGAAAAAGAAAAAUAAAGGAGAUGAAUUUGCCAAGUUACGAGAUACAGUGGAUGAUGUUUUGAUGAAUAAUCCAAAUGGAGAGAUGCAAGAGCACUCAAUUGAGAAGAGGUACAAGGACCUUGAUUGGGGUGAUGAAGCCAGCUAUACUACGUGGAGUCAGACUGUAGCACAAAAAAAUAAGUUUGACGAAACUGUUCAAAAGUUAACAGAGAAAAUUAGAGGUAAGGGUCCGGCUCCAAGGUUCAAUGAAAAACAUUUCUGGGGAUUUGGUUGGUGGGAAAAAGCAAUAAAAAGAAUGCGUGGCAGUGACCCUAAUGAUGAUGAUAAAAAGUAAAAGUUGGUUUUGAAUUUUGAGUGGAAUUUAUUAAAUGAAUUGUAAUUAGUUAUAUGUUUUUAUUCAUUUUUCAUAACAAACGUUGAGAAGAGGUACAAGGACCUUGAUUGGGGUGAUGAAGCCAGCUAUACUACGUGGAGUCAGACUGUAGCACAAAAAAAUAAGUUUGACGAAACUGUUCAAAAGUUAACAGAGAAAAUUAGAGGUAAGGGUCCGGCUCCAAGGUUCAAUGAAAAACAUUUCUGGGGAUUUGGUUGGUGGGAAAAAGCAAUAAAAAGAAUGCGUGGCAGUGACCCUAAUGAUGAUGAUAAAAAGUAAAAGUUGGUUUUGAAUUUUGAGUGGAAUUUAUUAAAUGAAUUGUAAUUAGUUAUAUGUUUUUAUUCAUUUUUCAUAACAAACGUUUAUUGACAGUUA